AGCCGACAGCGAACGUAAACAAAGCGCCGGGCCCCGGGGUGGAAGCCGGCCGCAGGGAGCUGGCGCGCGUUCCGGCCGCGGCUGCCCUCCGCCGCAGCGCCAGCUCUCCCGAAAUAGACCUUUCUAAGGCGUCUUUUAUUCGGGCUCCGGCGGGCCGGGGAGAGCCCGGAGCGGCCCCACGCACUCGGCCCUGGCCCCUCCCCCUCCUCGGGAUGACUUGGGGACCCCACAAGCCGCCCCUCCGUGCCGCCGCGGGGCGUUUUCUCCGGGCGGAGGCGCUCAGAAAGCCCUCGUUCGCGGCCCGGCCGGCCGGGUGUCCCGGGCGCGCAGCCCUUGUCCCGGCCGCCGCCGUCAGCCCCGGGCCCGGAGCGCGGUGGCGGAGCCCCCCGAGGAGCCGGGGGCCGGCGCCCCGCGCCCCCCAGACAUGGUGGGCCACUUGCAUCUGCAGGGCAUGGAGGAGAGCCUGCGGGAGCGGAGCCGGGAGGGCCUGCUGGACAGCCCCGACUCCGGGCUGCCCCCCAGCCCCAGCCCCAGCCCGCCCUUCUACUCUCUGGAGCCUGGCAUCCUCGACGCCCGCGCGGGGGGCGCCGGCGCCCCCUCGGAGCCCCCCGGACCCGGCGAGGCCAGAGCGCCCCCGCCUCGCCCCCCGAACCCCCCGGCGCUGGAGAUGCGGCCGCGGCUGCUGCCGGUGUUCUUCGGCGAGGGCAUCGAGGUGAGCCCUGCGCCUGCGCACGAGAUCCGCUGCAACUCUGAGGUCAAGUACGCCUCCGAGAAGCACUUCCGGGACAACGUCUUCUACGCGCACGUGCCCACGGUGACGGCCUACAGCGAGACGAUCGUGGCGGCGCCCAACUGCACGUGGCGCAGCUACCGCAGCCAGCUGACCCUGGAGCCGCGCCCGCGCGCCCUGCACUUCGGGAGCACCACCAUCAUCUUCCCCAAGCACGCCCGCAGCUCCUUCCGCACCACCCUGCACUGCAGCCUGGGCCGGCCCUGCCGCCGCUUCACGUCCAGCGUGCAGCUGCAGCCGGGCCAGCACCCCGGGGCCCACGGCCUCGGGCCCUCCGCGCUCUGACGGGGCGACCGAGGACCGCAGACUCCAGGGCUGAGCCUGGAUCCGGGCAGGAGGAGGGUGGGGAGGCCCAGGGCCCGGCCCGCUGCCCGGCCGGUGCGGCCUGGUGGACCCCGUACACGGAUCAGUUCUAUUAGUCCCUAAAGCACAAGGCGCAGGUGUGAGUCCGCAGCCAGGCGGUGGCCGCCCCCAGGGGCAGGCCGAGGAGUCUUGGCUGGGGGACCUGCUGCAGCUCCGCCAGGCCCUGGCCCCACUGUCUGUCCAGGCUGGGGGACGAGGGACGCUGUCCGGCUUCCCUGGCGCGUGCGGCUUGGCACCAAGGGGCUGAGCAAGCAAGCCCUGGCGUACACGGAGCCGGGAGGUCGGGCUGGGGCCGGAAGGACACUGCUGCCGCGGCUGGUGCUGGGGGGGGGGGGGGGGGGGGGGGGG